AUGAGGAGCGUGGCAGCCCUGCUGCUCGCCGCGGUUGUCUCUCUGCUCGUCUUGCUGUUCUGGGCCAUCUGGGGCCCGCGCCGGCUGGUCUCCCAGUCAGACAAGUCGGUAACCGUGCUGGGGAGGCCGCUCCUCUUCCCUGUCACCAUCACGCAUACCCGGCGCAAACCCGUGAACAAUCAGUUCAGUCAUCGGGUCCUGUUGAUCGGAGUCCCCGUGGGUCUUUGCGGCCGCGUGGGUCACCUGCUGUCUAUCGAUGACAAGCAACGCAGUGGGUCGACCACGCCCUGGGACAGCUGGUUCCGCUUCGAUUCAGCACGGUAUCUCCAUCGCGGUGAUGAGCACCUCGGACUGGGGGAGAAGCUGCAUCGUUUUCUGCGGGCCCAGAAUCUUGAUCCUGCACGUUGGCCGUACGCAUACAUGUUAAGCGUACCGCAGUGGCUGUGGUGGUCCCGCAGUGUGGUGACCUGGUGGUACCUGUACUCGCCGGCCCGCCAGCUCGACGCCGUCAUCAUGGAGAUCAACAAUUCCUUUGAUGAGAAGCGUAACGUGCUGUUUGAGGUCCGCCGCAGCGGUAGCGACGAGCAUGAUCCUGUCAAGUCAGCAGCACUUGCGGGUGAGAAAGAAGAAGAUCUGGACGCGGCAGGGAUGAUCCACUCGUUGCCUUCAGUCCCGAUUUCUGCCUUCUAUCAGGGUUCAUGGGAGAAGCACGUUUACGCCUCCCCCUUCGAGAAGGUUGAGGGCAGCAUUGCAACCCGGUUCCUCGAUCCGCUACAGGAAAGCUCGUGGAGCGCCGCCGUCUCACUUUCCAACACCACAAGCAUCAGCCCAGCCGGUGACGCCAAACUCACGACACGGAUUAGCUGCCGCGAGCGCCCGCUGGACCCGGUGCGGUCAACGGCACUCUCCCUAGUCUGGUUCCUGGUGCGGUGGACGCUGCCUAUCACAUUGACAACCCCGCGGAUUAUCUUUCAGGCGCUACGCAUAGAGUAUCUAGGUCUCAUGAAGAUGCUGGAUAAGCCUGUCAUCCAGCGGGGGAGUGUUCCACGGCGAGCGAGUGCCAUCGAGCGGACCUUGGAGCCCUUUUUUCGCGAAUGUCUCUCCCGCCACAUCCAGGCGUAUCCCGACGCGGUCGAGGUAAGCUACCUGCCAUCCAGGGCGCUGUCCAACGAACCAGUCUGUCUGAGAUCACCUUCGUGUGUCACCGGCAAGGACACCCCCGCCAGACAUUUGGAGGUGGAGGUGCUGGAACCCGGGUUCUUCUCCCGAAUCACGCAGUACGACUCAAUGGCCAAAGGGCUAGCGGUAGAGAUGCGGCCAGUGGGCGACGUGGCCGACACUGCGGCGCAGCAACUGUGGGUUUCUGACCCAGUGUUGCUGGAGGAUCUUCUCUGUUCUGGCGCCUCUGGGACGGACAGCAAGCCAGCUGCUGCCGCCGGUCUCCUAUGGCGCGUGCGGGCCUGGCUUCGGGGCUCAGCGACCCCGAGCGCGAUGGACCUGUUUGUGCGCUCCUCAAUGCCCCCAUCUUUGCGCCUGCUGUAUCUUUUAAGCCUGGUGCAGCACCUACUGGCAAAGAGAUUCGCGCUGGGCUCAACCGUGUUGCUGCAGCUCUACGGCCUGGGAGGUGUCCUGGCCCUCCGCUGGGCACUGCUCCAGAUUAUAGUCUCGGAUUCUGGACAGCUCUCGGCCGCAGGAUUGGCAGUGUAUUUCCUGACACUUCACUUUUUCGGCCGCAUGACGAAGAAGGCGAUCUAUAGAGCAUAG